CAGGUGGUUGGAAGUAGAGUGGAUUUCUUCCUAAUCCUCUUAUAUUUCGAUUGAGUUCGUGAUUGGUGGGAGGAUUUUAGCUGAAUGCUACAUCGAAAUCUGCAAAAAUAAGCUUGUACUGAAAAAAAAUGUCUUGUUGCUUUUGAUUCCUUACCCUCCUUUCUCACUAGCCAAUCCUCUAGCCUCUACUUACAAACUUUGUCUAUUAUGCUCAAUUGUUCGUUGUCUAACCAACACCAUACCAGCUUCAGCUUCUUCAUACUAUCAGCUUUUCUACUAUUCUUUUCCUUUUGUCUUUCCAUCAUUUUUCAUGUCCUUUAUUCUCCUCGUUUGGCUCAAUCCCCCAAAAGUGCACCACCCCCUUUUUGAACAGAGCACCUUUCUUUCUUUUUUUUUCUAAGCUCCAUAAAGGUACAAAACAUCUUUUAUAGUCUAGUGGGUUUUUUUCAUUUUUAAGUUUUGUUUAUCUCAACAAUGCAACACUGCUCUCUGCUGUGAUCUUGAAAGUGGAUGUCAAUAGUGAAACUGAAAAGGUUUUCAUGGUAGACAAGAAAACUCUUGCAUCUUUCCCUGGUAGUUUCAAAAAAUUGUUUGGUUAUUUGAUGGAUGAGACAAAGGACCUGAAAGUGUUAUUUCAUGAUUUUGAGGAUGGAGCUGAGGGUUUUGAGCUAGUAGCAGCAAGGUUUUGCUAUAACAAGAAGUCUCUAGAUUGUAUCAGCUUCUGGACCUGGUCCGAACUCCUUGUAGCUUUGAAAGAAUGCCAAGAUUUGCUUUCUGCUUCUGAUUCUUCAUUAAUACUCGAGAAGAUCCUCGACUGUGUUGUAACAAGGCUUGCCUCUCUUGUUGUUGCUAGCCCUUGCACAUGUUCUUCAGAGAACACCAGAAUAUCUUGGUGGUUUGAGGAUCUUCUGGUUUUGAAAAUUGAUUUGAUUGACAAGGUAAUAAGAAUGUCGAUAAGCCGGAACAUCGAUCAUGCUAUGAUUAGUAAGUUCCUUUUAUGUUAUCAAAGAUCAAGAUUCCUUACUGCGACCCCAACUGAGAAGUGCAAAAUCAUGGAGGUCAUGAUCAAUCUGCUCUCUUUGCUUGAUAGGAGCUCCUUUUCUUGCAAGCUCUUAUUUGGUAUACUUCGAGUCGUUUCAAGCUUGAAAAUUAGUUCACACCACAAAUCCAUUUUGGAAAAUCUUAUUGGUUCACAACUUGAUAGAGCAACUAUAGAUUUUCUACUUGUCCCAUCCUCACGCAGGAAAGGUUAUGUGUAUGAUGUGAAUCUUGUUCUAAGGCUGGUGAAAGCAUUUUACAUUGAAGGAAGGUGUUUCGUACUUGCAUCCCGGUUGAGGAAAGUCGCUAGCUUGGUUGAUUCAUACCUUGUGGAAGUGGCAGCAGAUUGCCACCUGAGCCCUUCAAAAUUUGCAGCAUUAGUCUUGGUGCUACCUGAUGAUGCAAGAGAAUCCCAUGAUAGGCUUUUUCAAGCCAUAGACAUUUAUCUUGAGGUUCAUGGUGGACUAUGCGAAGCAAAGAAAAUGAAAAUCUGCAGUGCACUUAACUAUGCAAAGCUCUCAACAGAUGCAUUGAAACACUUAGCUAGAAACCCGAAAUUUCCUUCAAGAAUAGCAAUACAAGUUUUCAUCAACCAACAAUCCAAGCUUGAAAACUUAUUUGAGGACAAAACACACCUUGUUGACACCUUUAGUAGUUCGGUUUUUGCCGAGGAAAGUAUUGACGAGAAGGUGAGUUCCGAUCAAGUCCUUGUGUAUGCGAAAAGAAUCAACCUUCCCAACAAAGCUGAGCACCUUGAUGUACAGCUGCAAGCGAUGCAGUGCACAAUAACAGAACUGGAAAAGUACUGUGGGAUAAUGCAGACUCAAAUAGGAAAUAUUCCAAGAACAAGAUUAUCAAGCCUUGGUAAUAAUGCUAGGUUCUUACCAAAACUAUCAGAGAUGUUGGAGAAGAUAGGAUUGAGAGGGACUCAUUGGGUGAUUGAUGCUUCACAUUGCCAAGGAUGUUCUUCUCAGUUCACUUUCAUCAAUCGCAAGCACCACUGCCGAAGAUGUGAGGGCAUAUUCUGCUAUAGUUGCACUCAACACAGAAUGGUUUUACGUGGACAUGGUGAUUCACCUGUGCGUGUUUGUGAACCUUGUAAAAACCUAGAAGAGGCUGCUCGAUUUGAGUCCCGACAUGGAUACAAAAGUAGAGCUGGGAGAGGUCGUUUGAAACCAACUGUGAACGAUGAGGAUGUUGCUUUCAACCAGAUUUUAGGGGGUGGCAUAAAGGAAUCAUCCUCAUCAGGAGUAGCUUUAAACAAUGACACGACUCCUAGUGUUCAAGGGGCUACAUGUUCCAAUGUUCAAGAAGUUGUCGGUCAUGAUGGGGGAGGAGAAAUACAUAAAAGUCCGUCUGUUGAUCAGUGUAUGCAGAAUGCUGAGUCUUUGGAGAUGCAUAUAAGAAAGAAUGGUAAAAAUAGUUUUCCAUCCGACAACAUGUCUGGGAUCCUGAAUAAAGAAGUUCCAGAGGAAUAUGGCAGAAAAAACAAGGUUUGUCAUCCAGCCAGUAGGGAUAAGGAUGACCUGGCUGCUAAACUCAGGGAAUUGGGAUGGUCUGAUAUGGAUUUACGUGAUGAUGAUAAAAAGAACACAAAUUUGAGUUUGGAUGGUGAAUUAUCUUCUCUUCUUGGAGAAAUUCCGGAGAAGAUUAAUGGUCAUGGCAUUGACAAGACCGAGGUUGUUGCCUUUAAGAAAAAGGCUCUUAUGUUGAAGCGUGAAGGGACAAAAGAAGAACUGAAGAGAGCCAAAAUUUUAGAGAAGCAACUUGAAGAACAAGAACUAUUGGCUGGCGCUGAAGAUUCCGAUGAUGAGGUAUCUGCAAUAAUCCGUAGUAUGGACAAUGAUAAACAAGAUGAAAUUUUAAUGCAGUAUGAACAUACGCAAGGCCUUGACUUUGAUUACCUUAUGGAAACUGCUGAUGAUCUUGGUAUUGAUAGUAAUCUUGAAGUAACUGAUCAGGAUAUGGAGAAUCCGGAAAUAGAUGCUACUCUGAAAUCAUUCGGUUGGACUGAGGAUUCUAGUCCUAUCGAAGAUGUUACAACACAGUCUGCUCUUGUUAAAAGGGAGGCACUACUAAAUGAAAUUAUUUCGCUAAAGAGAGAGGCUCUUAGUCAAAAGCGUGCAGGUAAUGUUGCAGAGGCAAUGGCUAUGAAGGGUGUGAAUCUGAAACCAGCAUCAAAGAGUAGAUUGACGAUUCAGAAAGAGCUUCUAAGUUUGAAGAAGAAAGCCCUUGCUUUGAGACAGCAAGGAAGAUUGGAUGAAUCAGAUGAAGAAUUGCAGAAGGGCAGGAUUCUCGAGCAGCAGCUUGAAGAAAUGGAGAAUACUUCCAACAUGAAGGCUGCACAGGUAACUAGUAAGGGGAAGGAUUUGAAACACGAGCAUCCUAAUGUAUCAGACACUCUGCCUGUUGAAGGAGAUGUUAUGGAACAAGACUUGCAUGAUCCAACUUGCCUUUCGAUUCUAAGGAACUUAGGUUGGAAUGACAGUGAUGACGAGCUUUCGAACUCUUCCCUGAAACAUUCUGAACAAAAUGGUUCUAAGAAAAUUAUUGAAUCUUCUUCUGCUCAUGCCCCUCCUAAAAUCCUGACUAAGGCAUCGAGAAGAACUAAAGCUGAAAUACAACGGGAGAUAUUAGGCUUGAAAAGGAAAACUCUUUUGCUGAGGCGCCAAGGAAAUCCUGAUGAGGCAGAGGAAGUGUUGGAAACAGCAAAAGCACUAGAGGCUGAGAUGGCAGAGAUGGAGGCACCAAAGAAAGUGGUCGAAUCAAGGUUUCCAAAAGAAAAAGCCGCUAUAUCUGCCCAUAAAGGUGCUGCAGAAGAAGAAGAUGCGGAGAAUAUUACGGAGAAUGAUAUGACUGAUCCACCUCUACUCUCAAUGCUAAAGAAUUUGGGUUGGAAGGAUGAAGAAGCUGAACCUAUAACUAUGCAGGAAGAGUACUCUAAAACUCUUGCCAGUGAGACAUUACAUUCUAGCCAUCCAUCGAGCAGUCAACCCUCUUCAGGAGUUCGAGUUUCACCACCAAGAAAUAAAGGGGAAAUCCAAAGAGAACUUCUGGGUUUGAAAAGAAAGGCUCUUGCCCUUCGACGAAAUGGGAAAGUUGAAGAGGCCGAGGAAUUGUUGCAAAGGGAAAAGGUACUAGAAGCCAAAAUGGCAGGAUUGGAAGCUCCGAAAUCUGAGCUUGUGGUUGAGUCAUCCAAGGACAGUAAAUCUGAGAACUUUGAAUCAUUUGCUAACCACAAGAGGCUAGGGAAUUCAAAAAAUGAAGUGAUAGUAAAGAAAGAGCCAUUUGUAGACAACCAACCGUCGGUAGAAAAAUCGGAUCCUGUAGGGCUAAACCCUCCAUCAAACCAGUCUGCAAACAUAAUGGAACUUUCGACUGUUGAUGACCUGACAAAUUCACAGAUACCUGCAAAAUUGGAAGAGACAGGUCACUUUGAAUCCAACUUCUUUUCUCGUGGUAGACCCGAUGUUCAAUUGGCUUGCCAAGAUGUUAUAACCAAGAAUGAAGAUUCCACUGGAAAAACUAGACUGCUUAAUGAAGAGAAGUCAUAUUUGUCUCAGAACAGCCAAGAUUCACGUAGGCGAGCAGUUUUGUCUCACAAGAGAAAGGCACUUGCUUUGAAGAGAGAUGGAAAACUGGCUGAAGCUCGGGAAGAACUUCGACAGGCAAAGCUGUUGGAGAAGAGUAUGGCAGAAGAUGACACUCCUCCAAAAUUCGGUUCUAAUGAUGUGUCAACAUCUGCAUUCACUGUUUGUUCUGGUGCAGCAAUUGAGCAAGGUACACCAGCUUUCGCUCCGAAACCACUUUCUGGUCAUGUUCACUUCAAGUUGCAACAGGAAUCCCUCAGUCAUAAGCGGCAGGCUUUGAAGCUGCGAAGAGAAGGUCGAAUGCAAGAAGCAGAAGCCGAGUUUGAAUUAGCUAAGUCUCUUGAAGCUCGGUUGGAAGAGUUGGGUGGUCAUGCUUCAACCAAGUCAUCUAGCAAUAGAGCAGAACCAGUAGAUGAUGUAGUUGUUGAAGAUCUUCUCGAUCCUCAACUUUUGUCUGCCCUCAAAGCAAUUGGAUUGGACGAUUCUAGUGCUAUGGCUCAGGGCCCCAAAAGAACAGAGUUUGUAUAACCCAAUGUUGCCAAAAGUGAAAAUGUUAACCAAGAGUGAAUCCAAUUGGAAGAGCAGAUUAAGGCGGAAAAGGUAAAGGCUGUAAACUUAAAAAGAUCAGGCAAACAAGCUGAGGCUUUGGAUGCACUUCGGAGGGCGAAAAUGCUGGAGAAAAAGCUGAAUUCCUUGUCCGCGUGAUAACAUUCCAUUUUCGGUUCGGAAAAACUUCUGUGUCUGGAUUGAGGUACAUACUAUUCGAGGUCACUAUGUGAAAUAAAAGUCAAAUAAUUCAGAUGAUAUAUUAUCAGCUCACGUGUAUGCUAAGUUUUCAUCAUAGAUGGAAAAUGUAUCUUUAUUUGUAUUUUGCAGAUUAUUUGUUACAAAAGAAUAAACAUGUUGAAGCUUUCUAGCGUUCUUUUCAGAACCCUCACUAUAUUCAUCUUCGCUGUAACAUCCCCAUUGAGAAAAGGGUAGUUUCAUCUUCUACAACAGGAAGUGAUCGAAAAGUAACGACAUUGCAUGAUCUUUAGUCUUGUGGUUGUGAGAUCCAUGUCCAUCUCCAUGUUGAUAAAUACAAUGUGCAGUCCUCACCAGGUUCAGUAUGAUCCCAAUAGCAGUCUGGGAUAACAGUGACACUGCAACUCGGUGCGUAUUUACCUUUUUCCAUGCCUCUCUCAUUAGAUUCUUUACGUGUUCAUGGGCAACUUCCUCAGACACUCCAUUUUCAUGCAUGUAACAUUGGAUAGAUUUCGCAACAUCACCUCUCUUUAACUCGUCCUGAAAUUACAAUUGAAAUGCGAUCAGUUCAUUGGAUUCAAAGUUCUUACAGUUCGGCUGUAGCUUUCAUACCGAUGAAGUUCCUAAAUCAUCUUGAAGUCGAAAAAUCACAGAUGACCAAUAUAACAAGUCAGGGUAGCUUUCAAGGAAUUCUAAUUCCUUCUGGUUUGUCUGAUUCGUCACAAACAGACUUGCUUUAAUUGCUACUAAAGGGCCUGUUAUCGAUAUCCAAGCAUUUUUCAUGUACUCUUCAAAAGUUGGUGUAUAUCCACUGUGGUACCAUCUUGCCUCCAACAAGUAGGAUCUCAGUAAAUCAACCCACUGAGGCCAUAAGAAGAGCACCAGAGUUAUGAAAAUUUGUUACAAUGUCUUAAAUCUGAAUCACAGAGAUGAUAAGUUACCGUCUUUUUAAGAUUUGACACAAUAUCGUGACCUUGCUCCUUGAGAAUGUUGUAAGCCAUCUCGUUAACCGUGUUGUAAAGUGCAAGGAAGCAUAUCUUCAUAUAGUCUGGAAGUUGUUUCAUUGCCUUAAUAUCCCACCUGCAACAUGUAGGAAAGUAGAAAUAAGAUUAACUAUAGGCAUGUCCUAGAGAUUGCUUGCCUAAACAUUUUUCCCACCAACCUCUCAACGGCAUCGGUAAAGAGCUCGAGUUCAUCCAGUGUACCAUACACGUCAUAAAUAUCAUCUAUCACCGUGAUUAGAGCAAUGGCCUUUGUAAGAGUUUUCCGGCAGCUUCCGAACCGAGGCUCGAAAUCUAUCCCUACUGUCCAUAAGAAGGAUUCCACCAAUCUAUUCCUGGCAAACCUCAGUAUCUCCCCAAGACCAGUGUUCUUCCACCACCUUUGCAGUGCUUGUAAAAUGUUGAAGUCCAACUUUGCUAGCUGUAAUACAAUGGGGUUCAAAUCCGCUUGUCUUUCAUAUACAUCGAUGUACCACCUUGCUUCAAGCCUCCGCAUUCUCCAGUGUAAUGGAAGCUCCAUGGCAUGCUUGACUUGAAUGGUAAGAAUAGGAUCCACAUGAUCACCUUCCACAUAUCUGAGUUUUUAGAUGUAAACUCCCAAGCUGCUUCCAUUAUGCUUUCUCCUUCAAAACAAUAGUGUGAAGCUUCAUACAAGCUCAUCAUUGCCUUGACAUCAUUACACAAAGAUAGCAUGACCUCGCCUGCCUUAUCCCGAAAACCGUCGAAAACGAGCAAAACCAGUUAUUACAAACACCCCCCAAACAAGAAUUAUAAAACAUUUAGUACCUGAGGAAGAAUGAUAUCCAUGUUGUCUCAGGAGCCUAAAUUCCAAAGCAGUCGCAUAUAAAUUACCCUUUUUCAUUU